GAGCCUGAGGUAAAAAUCGAGUAUGGGGACUCUGGAAGGUUUGUAGUUUUACUAGAUUCUUCUUGUUGGUUUGGUUGGGUUUUUGGUUGGUCUUGGGCCUUAUUUGGACUGUAAGGAACAGAUAGAAGCCGAAUUCCUUUCCGGGCUUCUCCUAGCCUGGACUUUGGGACUUAAUUUAAAAGGAGAAAAACAGAAAUUCAAAAGGAAGAAAACAAAAACCAGGGAGCCAAGCCGGCAUUUUUCUGGGUAGCAGUUCCCCAGGGCAUUUCCCCUCCUCCGCCCUUGGCCAUCUGCUUCCUCCUGGGGACUGUGCACCCCAUCCUCCCUCCACUCGGUCGUUGGUGGCCCAGUCUGCCAGGACACCGGGAGGCCCGCAGAGCACGACCUUGAAGGCGAAGCCCAUCGCCCCGAGGGCUCCACGACAAGCCCAGGUCUUCACUGGGUGUGGCGUGCCGAGUCGCAGCUGCUUCGGAACAAGGUCUCUGGCAGUCACGUCCUAACUUUCAGACCUCUGCGACAAGUCACCUGUCAAUAAGGGCUUGCUCAGUGGGAGAAGAAAACUGAAGAGCCUCGUGGACGCGCAGCACUGUUUCCCAGAUUGAGAAGAAAUGCUGAGACUCAAGUAAAGCUCCCUCUUCUGCUCCACGUGCCUGCCAUGGGUGCUGGGAAGUCUAAACUAGAUCACUGCCCUCUUUCCUGGCACAAGAGACACAGUGAGGAUGCAGCUCCAGACCGCCAUGAAUCGGAGGAUUCUAAGGAUGCGUCCUUGCAUGGUUUUGUGGAGCACAGCAACAGAACAGAGCCGCCGACAGGAGAGCAGGAGGGAGCUGAGGCAAAAGGAGAGAUGCCUGAGGAGGAAGCUGAAGAAGAAGUCUUCCUCAAAUUUGUGAUCCUGCAUGCAGAGGACGACAUAGAUGAGGCCCUCAGGGUCCAGGAUCUGCUGCAAAAUGACUUUGGUAUCAGGCCGGGGAUCAUUUUUGCCGAGAUGCCGUGUGGCAGGCUGCAUUUGCAGAAUCUAGACGACGCUGUAAAUGGGUCUGCGUGGACCAUCUUGUUACUGACUGAAAACUUCCUACGCGACACCUGGUGUAACUUCCAGUUCUACACCUCCCUGAUGAACUCUGUGAACAGGCAGCACAAGUACAACUCCGUCAUUCCCAUGCGGCCCCUGAACAGCCCCCUCCCUCGGGAACGGACUCCCUUGGCGCUACAGACCAUCAACGCCUUAGAGGAAGAAAGCCGAGGCUUUUCUACCCAAGUGGAGAGGAUUUUCCAGGAGUCCGUGUACGAGAGGCAGCGAACGAUAUGGAAGGAGACGCGGACUGCGCUGCGGGGACAGUUCGUUGCCUCAGACAAAGCAGACACCCGGCUGGCUCCUGUUUUGUAAACAAAAUGAUUCAUCUUCACUUGAGAAAGCAGUGUCUAGGCAAUGCUUCUCUAUGAGUGGGGCUGCUUUCAAGAACUCUGUGGAGCACAGGAAAGCUACAUUUCGGCAGGCUUGGGGCUGUGGUACUUUCUGAUGAUAAACUCCAGGCUGUCAGUUUCUAGCACUUUUUUAUAGUUUCCACAGUUUAUGAAUAUUCUUAACUCAUUUCUUACGUUACUGUGAACAGGCGUGCAUGACAGACAUUUCCAAACUACGGUAUUAAAAGUCCUCAAAAGACAUGAACAAAAUGGCUCUGAUCGUGAGAGGCCUGACCACCUCAUUCCUAUUUCUCUCAGGAAUGGUACCACAAAGCAUCCUGGUGCUGUCAAGCAGAAACACGGAUGGCCAGAUUGGGACAUGUGCCGUGUGGACGCACACACGUAGUAGAUCAGAAGUAGAUGUCAGAAUGGUCCGGCUUUUGAUAAUAAUCCAACCCCCUGUGGUUUUGUUUGUGCUGGAGUCUGGAACCAGGUUCCACCAUGAAUUAGCAAUCAUUCUGAGAGUGUGGUACUAGGGACUCUGUGGAGAGAUGUCCCCUGACCUCCCAGUUCCCGUCUGUAACCGGGGUUUUAUUCGCAGAGCUUGUAAAAAGCAUGUGAUUCUCUAGCUGAUUGCCUCUGAAAUCAAUAACCUCGUAUGUGAACCCUUAGAAAGGUCCCUCAUACACAGUGAUUGAUUCAGGGGAUGUUUCUUAUCUAGGGUGGUCAGACUGGGUGUGGGUGUGGUGUGUGUUUGGGCAGAGACUGUAUUUUUAGCAUCUCCCCUUUCUGGGUCUAAUAGGCCCACACGGACCUGUACCUUUCCCUCACAGAACCACAGCCUAUUUGAGACCGAAGCUCGGCAAACAAGCACAGGCUGGGCUUGUGGCUAAGGGUGAGUCAUGUCAAAUAAUGAGAAAGUGCCCAGUGGGGGCCAGGAGACCUACUUGCAAGCCAAUCUCUGCCACUGAGGAUGAAUGUGCCAGUGGGCAGCCAUUCUCCUUUGUCUAGGAAAUGAAAGGGUUGGAUUGAUGAAUCUCUAAAGGCUUUUGUACGCUCCCAGGACAGGAAAAACUGGAAGCCAGAAAGCAACAAGCAAAGCCUUAAAUGUUCAUAAGGUACUACAUAGCGUGAUCGUUGCAGAAGACAUAAUGCAUGCUUACAAUGAAUUGAUAUUUUGCAUCAUAAUUGAUUUUUAAUGACAGUCACAGAAAAGAAUCUAUACAUGCUUACUCAGGUUUUUUGGUUUUGUUUUUAUACAGGCUCUCUCUAUGUAGCCCUAGCUGCCCUGACACUUGCUGUGUAGACCAGUUGGGCAUCAAACUCGCAGAUCCACCUGCCUCUACCCUUGAAAGUGCUGGGAUUAAAGGAACCCACGAACAAAGGCAUUCCUCCCCGUUCAUGUGUCUCCUGGUCCUCACCUCCCUGGAUCCCCAACUGUCACCGCUCACUUCUUUAUAGCCACUGUGCCCCACAAGGAGCCUGCGAAUCAGUCAGACCUCGGGUCUGCUUCCCAGAGAAGGUGAUUGCCUUCAUGGCAUUUUCUCCACUUUCUUUGCCAGGGUAACUCACUACUCAUUUCGUCUUUUUCAGUUUUACUAACUCUCCCUUCAUUAUUAUUGCUACUAUUAUUGCUGUAAUGCUUUCAAUUUCACAAGUGCCGUAUAAUAAUAAGACAUUAACCACCCACCCUUCACAUGCCUGCCAAACUGGAACUGAUGCUGGGUGGCAUUUCUUAACAAAUGUUUUUCUUCUCUUUCAUCUCCAGUGAAGACGGUAGAAAAGUAUUCUGAGAAACAUCAAUCCAUGUUCCCGAAAGAGCAUGGCACGAUGUUCCGGCAACCUGGAGCUCGGCAGGCUUUUUGUUGUUGUUGUUGUUGUUUUGUUUUUGGUUUUAUGAAGAGCUAAAUGUUAGGUACUGAGUAAUUAUAAGUGUUAAAAUGAGCAAGAAAUGGUUACCAAAAUAACUAAUGAUAAAGGGAGGCAGAGACGUGGGCCUCAUGGGUCUAUGUUAAUGCUCACAUACAUGGCUUUAGAUAAACACAUCAAUGAUCCGGAGAAAUUCUGCCACGUGCCAGCAAGUUGUCCUGGGUACUCUGUGCCACCCGCCUGGGAGCUGCUGUAGAAGGAUGUGAGCUAUGCCUGAACAAACAAUUCUCCACCAAGUAUAGAAGUAAAGAAGUAAAGAAGAAGUAUGGUGUAUUGCCAGGUGUGGUGGUGCACGCCUUUAGUCCUAGCAAGCCAGAGGCAGAGGCAGGUAGCUCUUAAUGAGUUCAAGGCCAGUUUGGGCUAUAAAGCAAGUUCCAGAAAAACAGUUACACAGAGAAACUCUGUCUUGAAAAACUAAAAGGAAGGAAGGAAGGAAGGAAGGAAGGAAGGAAGGAAGGAAGGAAGGAAGGAAGGAUAGUUUAUCUCACUUCUAGGCAUCCUAGAAGAUGCGGUGGCUUAAUGAGGUCACUCAAGACCUAGGUUCUUUCCUGCAGUGGAAUAUUAUACAGCCUUGAAAAAUAGUAAAAUUCUGACAUGUGCUAAAACAUAAAUUAACAUUAUAUUUAAAAAGUUAAUAUCACAUGUUUUCACAUAUAUGUGAUAAAUUCAUAGAGACAGAGUCACAGAGACAGUCAGAGGCUGUAGCGAGAGAAAUAGGAUGCUAAUUUUUCAAUAGCUGAAGAGGUUGGUUUAGAGUAAUGGGGAAGUUCUGGUAAAGCCCUUGCUAGAUAUAUUGUGAAUGGACCUAAUGCUAUGAAACUGUACACUUAAAAAAUGAUUAAAACAAUACGUUUCCAUAGGUGCAUUUUGCCACAGUAACUUUAAAAAGUAAACAACAGACCAAAAAGUAUAAGCCCAAAGUCUUCCUAUCUUUUUUCUCGGCCAUUCUCAGUUUUCCAGUUGUGAUUUCCUCUGAAUUGUGUUGUGACUGCUCCAGGUUGGCCCCACAUGUAGACAGGACAGUAUCCAGCCUACUAAGUCCAGAGGAGUGGUCCACCCAAGGAGGAAAAUGUUUCAUUACUGCUGUUAAAAAUUAAAAAUAUUCAGUGAUAUUGAAGCUC